UACUGUCAGUACAAAACACAAACGAGUGAGCAACGCACGCGAAUUACUCAAUACCAAAUACGUGUUUUUUUUAUUCCGAAGUUGAGGUUUAACUUCUAAUGUGUCAUCAUCGGACGUGACGAAUGUUAAGUGUCAGUGAAAAAUGUCUGUUUUAUUAAAAAAUGUGAUUAACUGCAUAUGGCAUGCGUUCGAUUCUUUACAGAAUAAGGAUUUAGUGCAUAAAUCUAAAUUAAAGGUGUUGACAGCAAACAUUGGCACACUUCUCGACUUGUACGGGGUGGAGAAAGGCUUGGACCAUUUUAAGUCAUCCCAGGAGUUGAGUUUCGACGAGUUCCGCUAUUACCUUCAGCAUGAGGUGUUCAGCUCCCUCCCGAAGACUGUAACACUGCCGGUUAUCAGGGAAUAUGAGAAGAAAAUCAGCGAGGUGUGCUGGCUGGUGUGCCGCAAGAAUCUGCUUUCCAGAGAGAAGCCGAUCUUUGACGAUGAUUCAGUUUUCAAGCUGUUCAGAAUAUACUGCCUCCUGGCCGACUUGGUGCAGGAAGCUGAAGACACAGCACGCUAUGUGGUAGUCCUCCAACCCUCAGAAGCGGGCAUCGUAGCGGAGCAGUUGGUGCUAUGCCUUGGCAUGCGCUGGGACACAGCAGACUGGGAGGCUCUCGGCUCCUCCAUCGGCCACUUCAAGUGGACAGCGUUCCUGGCUGUGUUAGAAGCCAAGUACUGCGACCAGCAGCUACAUUGCAAAGCGUUGGUGGAAGCCGUCGAUGAAAUAUACGAUGUAUUUAUUGAAGACAUUAUCAAAAAGGGCUAUCUAUACAAGCGAGGCUACCUUCUUCCCACAAUGCGGGAGUAUUGGUGUGUGCUACAACCUUGCGCGCUUACGUACUACAAGAGCUCAUCGCAGAAGGAGCAGUGUGGUCGGAUCAAUAUCGAUGAGUACUGCUCUGUGGAGGCCUGUGCUGGGGAGGGCAAAAUCCAGAAGUUCCAACUCAUUACGCCUGAGAGGACCUAUGAGUUUGGCACUCAGGACCAUAAGAGUCGCCUGCAGUGGAUAUCAGCAGUGCGCCAGGCCACUUCACUAUCGGGUGGAGUGGAGAGUUUCCAAAGACGAGCGCGGGCAUACCGGCGCGGUGCGGGGGCGCGGCGGGAGCAGGAGGUGCGGGAGGCGCGGGUGAGGCUGCAGCACGAGGUGCGUGCGCGACUAGCGGCUGAAGCGCAGGCGCAGGAGUUGGCUGAGAUGGCGCAACAAGAUAAUAAAAAACUCGAAGAACUGAAGAUUACUCAAACGGAAUUAGAGAAGUUGCUUCAAGAAGAGAUCCAAGCUAAAAGGGAUGAAGAGAUAGUACGUGCAUUACAGGCUAGAGUUUUAGCAGAAGAAUGGGAAAGAAGGGAAGAAUUAGAAAGACUACAAGAAGAGCAACAUAAAAUGUUAGAAGAAGAAAGACUAAAAAGGAAGAAAUUCGAAAUGUUACAGGCUGAAAAGGAAGCACAAUUCAGAGAAGCAGAAAAACGUUUGAAAGAAUUAGAAAUGGAGAAGCAACGAUUAGACGAAGAGUUGAAGGUAGCUCAAGAGAAGAUAUCAAAAACUGAAAUAACGACAAAAGCGCUACACGUACAUCUACGUGACAUUGGCCCAGCGCUUCGGAAUGGUGAACGAGCUCGUCGUGCCAUAUCCUUCGUCCCGACGACCAAGAGCUCAUCGGACACGCUCAUAGACGUGAGAGCUGUACGGCAUCUCCAAGUGAUCUCCCAAGAUGAGAAGUUAUGAUAUGUUGAUAGGACAAUGAUUAUUAGUUUUGCCCUUCUGUCUAAUAAACUGGUUUCUUUUUGGAAUCUCAUUCUAGAAAAGAUUUACCUAUAACGAAAGUCAUAGAAUAUACUUAGCGCUAUUAUAUAAGUACAUGAUAUAGUUGCUAAGUUCUUGGUACUAUGAAGGAUAAUAAAAAUUCCUUUUAACGGUAUAUUACUAUACUGGUAGUAAGAUUGGUUGUAACAAGGGCAACGCAUAUAUGUAAAACAUACACAAACUUGUUUUUAUUAUUUCGCUGGAAAGGUACGUUUUAUUUGUUAAUUAUAAAAUAAUGUAUCUACUUUAAACUGCUCAUUCAUUAAUGUUAUACCUAUUUUAAUUUAGUUUUUUUUCUUUCUUUUUAUGUCUAUAAGCUCAAUACUUAAUCCGUAAGGAUAUGUUCUCGAAGCGCAACAGAUCUUAAUGGCAAAUGCUUUAAAAUCAUGCGUUAAUAAAAAGACCUUUUAAUUGC